GAUCAACUAGACCGACUGAACCAUCCAAAUCAACUAAUAAGACCUCGAAAUGUGCUUAUUACUUCAUAGGCAUGGCGUCGACUUAGCUUCUAAUCCACCAAUGAAAUCGAGAUGCAAAGACUUAAAUCUACGACAUUUCGUCUGGUCCCUGCAAAUGUUGUGACCCGCAGCGAACUCUCGAGACCUCUUUGACGACCUGUAAACAAAAAACCUUUCCAAGAAUGCAGGUCUGAUCAAUGACCACGGUCCCUUGCAACUGGAGCCUUUCCCUUUUCAACUCGAUUGGUACUGUUGUUGUUUCCUCUCAAAGUCUCUUCUAUCACCUUGCAUACGCAGGGGACAGAAUUUGUAGUAUGGCGAGAGACAUGGCCCUUAUCCAUGGACCAAAUGGGAUAGGGCAUGGAUAAUUCGGGGAACAAGGUAUAGAAACUUUGUCCAGAUUGAAGGCCUUCCUGCAAAGAUUCAUGCCCGUCCGCCAGUCAAAUCAUCACAUUGAAGGGUCACAUAGAGUACUUUGAAUGUCUACCCUGCACGGUACUGUUUUCUCUGCACUGCGGUUCAUACCAAGUCCUGCGUCGAUGUACUGCGUGCCCCCAUUCCCCUCAUUUAUACGAAGAAAACAUAGCAUGCACCCUUAGGAGCCCCCCAAUCUGCUAACUGCCAGGUUCUCAUCAGGGGAGUAGGCACACGUUGUAUCGAUCGGACCAUUUUCUCUGCUGACUGGUUUGCACAAAUUGGCGUGGUUCGAAGAAGAUACCGUAGAUCCUUCCUUCCUAUUUGUCGAAGCAUUUUCCAAACCACAACUUCCUUUCUCAACGCCUUUCUCAAUUUCGGACUCGAACUCGAACUCGAACUCGACUCAAUUCGUCUUCCCGUGGCUUCAUUUCAUUGUCGAUAACUUUCUUUAAAUUCAUACCCCAAGCCUUGCGCUUCAGCAUUGCUUGAUCGACCGAAGGGCUCGAAGCUCAUUUUUGGAUACAAUAGGCUGGCGAUAGGAUCUCGAUUCUGAAACGACCACAGAAUUUCUACCUACCUACAAGCUUCGAAAGCUUCUUUCCACAUACAGUCAAUUCCCUCAUCAAAAUAAAUACUGGCACCCAAUCUUCCAACUUGUACCUAGAGAGACUGGCUUCUCCCACAAUAAGCAGGUUUGAAGACCAGAACGUUUGAGGUCGACGAAGGGAUAUUUAUACACUUUCUCUUCGACUUCUGGAAGCUAUCGGUGAUAUUGGGAGUGCAGAAAGAACCAUUCAGGGAAGACUUCAUACCAUUUCAAGGAUCCACGCAGGCUUGCGAAACACCAAAUUUUACACUCUCUAAAACUGCCACACAGUGCACAUUCAACUUUCCACGUUGCCUUGAUUGGCUUUUUCUAUUCACUACAUACGAAUCACCUUCGAACUUUGAUAUGCGAAAUUAUACUUCGGUCCAAUAAAUAUUCAAUCCUUUAUUUUCAUUAACGGUUCCCAGUGAACCGAAAUUACGCUCUUUAGCAAUUUUGUAUUCUUCUAGCAUCAAGGCUCGGCUUCCACAUCUUUUCAAAAAGAAAAAAGAAAAAGAAAAUCAAUACGCAAACUCGAUCGCCGGCUGAAAGUUUCAUUGUGGCGCGGCAUACCCUAGGAAAAGCUAUUCGUCAUUUGCGAGGUCGGGGAAAAAGCAAUCUAUCAAAAGUGCGAAAAUAAUAAUCUCAACGGAACGGCUUCAUGCAGAUACGGACGAAAUAAAUACACGGAAGGAUCCGACUGAUUGAAUAUUGGGCCGGAUUUGCGGAUACCUCAAUAUCAUUUCACUAUAGGUAGUACCGAACGGUUUAAUAUCUCUAUCAGAUGAGUCAACAACAAUGGGAUGCGCCGACUAGGGGUGGAUCAGUGAAGAGAGCAAGAGAAAGAGCGGCAGCAGGUAGGCCUACCGAGUCGAUACCUGCACCAAGACCUUACGAUCCUUCAUCACCGAGCAACAUUCCAAGUCCACCAAGAGCAAGAUUUCAAAAUCCAUCAGGGAUGUCCAAGAAUGGUGGUCAAAGUGCAGUUGGUCUGGCGAUUUCUCGACCUACUCAAGUACCACAAUGGCCAUUAAUGGGAACAAAUCCCGGUCCAGAUCCUCAACAGUAUCAACCUCCUCCUAAUCGCGGCCCACCUCCUCAAAGACCACCAAGACCUAGUCAUGUACCUUCAAUUCUUGAUUCGUCUAGAAUACAAGAUAUUACCCCAACCUUUCAAUACCAACCGCAACCACCUCCACAACCACAAAAUUUACACCCACCACCACAAACUCGUGGCUCACCACGAAAUCAAGACGAUGAAUUUGAUCAGAAUUAUCAAUCAUUACAAUCGCCUCUGUCAUCGUCACGUCCUUCGACUGUUUCUUCAGUUGGUACAAUACCCGACUUUCCUGUUCCCGUACCAGCUAUCCCACCAUCGGCAAGAAGAAGUGCUAAUCUAGGACCCCCACCAACUUCCCGAAGAGGCGCCUCGUCAUAUUAUUCCCAAGCUUCUUUUGUGUCCCCAAUCCCAGAGGUAUCAGAGGGCAUGGGUCUCAGUCCACGAACGCUCCCAGGCUCACAUAGUUCAUAUGCAUCAAGUGCAGCUAUACCCUCGAGUUGGGGACCAGAAUCGCCUGGUUAUUAUCGAUCAGAUGAAGAUGAUGAUGAUUAUGAAGAUGAUAGAAGGUUCGAUACAGUAUCAGAAGGUCGAGAAUCUCGAGGAUCAGAUGACAACGACGAUCGAGGAUUGAUUAGAAGUGCUAGUAUUGGCAAGCGAGCGAGACCAUCCAUGAUUGUGACUCGGUCCUCAGGUCAGAUCGACCCAGCCCGGCUUGCUGCAAUGCCUAUGCCGCCAUCCGAAAACAGGAGAUUGGGCCCAACACCAUUACAGCAGUCAACACUUAGUCCUGUAGAAGCUCAAAGAUCAACACAAUGGCCAAUGCCCGGAAAUAUAAAUUCACCUUUAGCUGGUGGCACUGGUCUUAUUGACCCUACCCCAUCAAGCUCUGACGAAUCAGUUCCAACAAUUGCUAUGGCUGUAACGACUGACCUACCUUCGCGAGAUGGAACAAAGAGCCCGGGUGCAAACGCUAUGCUCGGGGCAUAUCAAGCAGCAAGUGCAUUACCUAGUGAUUCACUUCGGACUAAAUCGCCCUAUGCAAACGAGGGAGGACCUUUUAGCAGGCUAUCAGCAAUCCGUCGACCACCACGUCUCAACAUCGAUGCGGUAAGAGACGCGGAGGCAAGAGGUAGUUUGACAAGUUUACCGGAUCUAAUUAGGAGAGCAACAAGAUUAGCGUCAAUGAUGGAUCGCGGUAAAAGACCAGGAAGUCGAAUGGGUCUUGAUGAUUUUCCGAGUGACAGAGACUUUCCCAGCGAGAAGGAAAUUGAACUUUCUCCCAACUAUGACAGAAGGGGUUCUACACUUUCCGGAAUGUUAUCAGCUUUUCCACCUCCCGGUCGUGAAACGCCUGCACGCGAUGCUCCACGACCUUUAUCGAUGUGGCCAGAAUACGAUCCAAACGAUCCAAAAUCUGUCGCAUCCGGAAAGAAACAAAGAAAGUGUUGUGGUCUACCUUGCUGGGGGUUCAUUGUCGUUUUAAUAAUUCUACUUAUAAUAAUUGCGGCCGCCGUCGUCGUACCUCUUAAAUUUCUCGUAAUUGACAAACCCUCCAAAAGCACCACUGCAGCCGCAACUACCCAACAAAGCUGCGCUGCAAACACUUCGACUGCCUGCAAAAAUGGCGGAACCUCUUUUGUCGACAAUGGAAUUUGUUCUUGCCUAUGCAUAAAUGGAUUUACAGGUAGCACAUGCGCAGUCUCGGGAUCUUCGGGCUGCACAACGACGUCAUCAAGUACUACCACAAACACCACCAUUGGUGACUCGAUACCUCGACUUAUCUCAGCCGCCCAAACCAAUUUUUCGAUCCCCUUGUUUGAGAACACAAUUCUAGCAAGAUUCAACAAAGGAAAUUUGAGUUGUGCGUCGGAAAAUUCCCUAGUCACUUUUGAUGGAAGUGAUGAAAGAAUGGGAGAUGCGAGUGCUCAAGCAACGCCUGCUGCCGACAAGGUGAAGAAGGACGUGCAGCCAGACCCCACAGAUGUUGAGAUUCGCGCAAUUGCAAGUCCAGACUCAACUUUCAUAUCUACAAAUAUCAUCUCAAUAGACUCUUCCACUACUCAAGCAACAGCCACUUCCCCUCAGUCUCAAGCCACUCAAACUGUCUCAGCAGCAUCGACCUCUGCUGCCUCGCCUUCUACAACUUCAUCUCCAACCACAACAGGAACUGCAUCCGCAACUUUGACAACCUCCACUAUUGAUCCAACAGCCGCCUUCACUAUUACUGAGGAGGUGCUUGAUUUUGCAAGAGUCACAGUCCUUUUUGUUUUGCAGCAAGAGAACUUGGAUAAUGCAGUAUCUGCACAAGGGCAACUGCAGAAGUUUUUCAACCAACAAAGCUCAGAGAACUUAGCUGCAAUGAAUCUCUCUAUGGGUGGAGGUAAUACCGUUAAUUUGGUGGAAUUCAAAGUAGAUUUGGGUAACGGAACAGUGGGUCAAAAGAACAUUGUUACAAAAUAAUUGUGCUUAGCUGGUUGACCGAUCAGAUACCAAGUACGAGGGGAGUGACUCGGGGGGUGACAGGGUACGGGGCUAGAAGGAAAGUAACGAAGUUUUGUAUAUUAACUGUAGCGAUUAGUAACUGCUCUGCUUUUAUGGAUACCAAAAAUGCAGAGAUAGUGUGGGUGGGUGGCGAGAAACUUGUACAUAGAAUCGAAUAAUUUUUUUUUUUCGGAAACUCUUUUGUCAACUAUGGUUUCUGCAUGGCUUGUAUGAAUAUAAUGUCUCUUGUAUUUUACUUCCUUUUUCAAAGUUCUAUUUCAAUGCAAAGAAAGUCAAAUUUGAGAGCUGGGCUUGAUGGGGAAGGAUUUGUGGUCGUGUUCUACACAGCAAAUCCGAUCUUUAAGAGAAGUUUUCUGGGGUUUUACUUUUGUUCUAGGUGGUCUUUGAGUGUCCGUGAUUUGGGAUUGUGUACCUGGGCGUGAACAUGGAAGGGAACAGGAGUGGCAUGCAGAAGAAAAAAUAGUGAAACGGAGUGGGUGGCACAGUGGUAUACAGAGUGAAGACGGGGUGACUGAAAGACUACAUGUAGCGUAGAAAUGACGCCUAGUUUGAGGAUGGAGAGAGGAGAGAAAGGAAAGGAAAAUGUAAUCUUAUUAUCGAGGUGGAACUUGGUGGGGGAAUUAGAUGCGAUUAGGUGAUCGAAUACAAAUGUUAAUGAAAUGAAAUGAAUA